AUGUUCAUGCAGGAGCUUUGGCUUGUCAAACUCGGCUGGGACACUCCAUUGUCUGCAGAUCUACGUCAGAAAUGGAUUUCAUUCAAGACUCAACUCAACAUGAUUGACAUCAUCAAAAUUCCCAGAUGGGUCCACUCGUCCACGAACUCGGCUCUAGAAAUCCAUGAAUUCUCCGAUGCCUCGCAAUUGGCGAUGGCAGCGGCAGUUUUUAUCAAGGUCCUACCAAGAGAUCACACUCAGAGGGCAAAGGUUACGCUGCUUUGCUCCAAAACCAAGGUGGCACCGUUGAAACCCCUAACGAUUCCACGCUUGGAACUCACCGCGGCUCACAUGUUGGCAAAACUCGUCAACCACUGCCAGAAAACACUCAACUACUCGCAAGUGCCAACAUACCUUUGGACCGAUUCAAUCACACUCACGUGGAUACACUCACACCCGUCUCGCUGGAAAGACUUUGUCAGAAAUAGGGUGUCAUUCAUUCAAGAACUAAUUCCAGAUGGCCACUGGAAGUUUGUCCCUGGCAUUGACAGUCCAGCAGAUUGUGCAACUCGAGGCUUGACAACUAGUCAGCUUAAAACUCAUCAACUAUGGUGGUCUGGCCCAUCAUGCUUGCUUGACAACUCGCCGUCCUGGCCAUCCAGUCCUAUCCAGAAUGAUGCAAUUACUCACCUGGAAGAACGUCCAGUCAAAUCACUCUAUGCUUCAGCUCAAUCACUCACCUCAACUUGGACACUCAUGGAACGUCCAAUCCCACUGUUGCGCAUGCUCAGAGUCACAGCAAUCUGUGGGAGGGUACGCGAUAUAAUCAAACGCCUACCAAACUCAACUCUAGCCCAUCCACUUACGUCAGCUGAAGUCAACCUAGCACUCCAAUUCUGCAUCAAGGAAACUCAACGUACUCACUUCCAUCUGGAACUCCAAUUACUCGAAAACCGAGCAUCAUGGCCAAAGGAUCACCCGUUUGCUCGGUUAGUUGCCUAUCGAGACACCGAUGGCAUUAUCCGAGUAGGGGGGAGACUGGAGAAUGCUCCAGACUCUGAUCAACAGAAGCAUCCGGCAAUCUUACCUCGUGAUGCAGCUCUCACUCGACUCGUCAUCUCUGAUGCCCAUCAGCGUACCAUGCAUGGUAGUACUCAACUCACACUCGUUCACGCUCGCUUACGAUACUGGAUUAUUGGUGGACGUCAACCAGUACGUUCACAUAUACUCAAAUGUCUCGUCUGUGCUCGUCAUCGAGGUGUUCGGGCUCAGCAAUUAAUGGAACAGCUCCCAGCUCAACGUGUCACUCCAGCGCCACCAUUUUCCCACACUGGAGUCGAUUACGCUAGUCCAGUAUCAAUCAAAUCGUGGAAAGGUCGCGGAUCCAGGAUAUACAAGGGCUGGAUCUGUGUGUUUGUCUGCUUGACCAGGUCAGCAGUGCACAUCGACCUUGUCAGCGACUACUCGUCACCUGGAUUAAUCGCAGCUCUCCGGCGAUUUAUUCAUCGUCGGGGUGUAUGUACAGCACUCUACAGCGACUGUGGAACGACUUUCCAAGGCGCAUACUCAGAACUCAAGCGGCUCUUCACUCAAGGUACUCAAGAAUCCAAUGCUCUACUCGAUUGGGCCACUGUGCAUCAAAUUACAUGGCAUUUCAACCCGCCUACUGCUCCCCAUAUGGGUGGUAUAUGGGAAGCCGCAGUGAAAUUAGUGAAAAAUCACCUGACUCGCACACUCGGAGAAUCAGCCUUCACGUUUGAAGAACUUACGACUUUUUUAACGCAAGUGAAGGGGAUUCUAAACUCGAGACCAUUGGAAGCCUUGUCAGACGAUCCUCAAGAUCUGUCAACGCUCACUCCAGGUCAUUUUCUCAUUGGGAGACCACUCAUUGCCAUCCCAGAACCGUCACUCAUGGAUACAGAUGUAUCACGACUCUCGAGAUGGCAAUUCAUCCAACAACGUGUUCAACAUUUCUGGAAACACUGGUCCACCAGUUACAUCCAACGUCAUCUGGCUCUUACCAAGUGGCAUCAUGCUCGCAAUGACAUCAAACUCGGCUCACUCGUCCUUCUUACUGAUGAACGAACUCCACCAACUCGCUGGCCACUCGCUAAAGUGACCGCACUCCACCCUGGAAAGGAUAAUCUCACUCGAGUGGUGACCAUUCAAACAGCCACUGGUGCUCUCACUCGUCCAAUUACUAAGCUCGCAAUUCUACCACGUGCUCCAGAACCAGAUGCCUAA